AUGCCGUCCAUAACGACUACUACAGCGGCGGCAGCCUCAACGACGCUGAAUCUGACUGCUUCAUCGUCUACGGCCGAAGACCAAGACAUCUACGACGAGAUCGAGAUCGAAGACAUGACGUACGACUCGAACCUGCAGAUUUACCAUUUCCCGUGCCCAUGCGGUGAUCGAUUCGAGAUUGCCAUUGCGGACUUGCGAGACGGCCAGGAUGUCGCGGUCUGUCCAAGUUGCAGUUUGAUGAUUAAAGUGAUUUUUGAUUUGGAAGACCUGCCCAAGGAGGAAGAGGAUGGGAGCAAGACUGCUGGAUGA